GUUUUAUUGUAGGUAUUUUCUCAAUGAACACAGUAUACGGACCAUGUGUCGAAGAAAUACCCCAGCCUUUUAAGACGCACACGGUCAAAACAACCAAGCGAAUCAAUGGUUGCAUUGUAUUAACCUCGUAAAAACAGCAAGAGAAAAUGUUUUCUUAGCGGGAUGUAAACAAUUUUUGCAGCUUAAAUACAGAUGGAGCGUGGAUAGAAAACGGUAGCACAAAUGGACGGCGAAAUGUAUCUCGGAAUGAUAGUGAUCUUUUCCUGGGUAGGGGACAACAUGGCCGGUUCUUGUUAUCCAGCGUUGGAAUGGUGCACGCGCUGUGAUGACGUCACGUUGAAUUGUAUUGACAUCAACGCGACUUGUCUGGCAAUCGACCAUACCUUUCGUUUUGCCGCAAUAAGUAACUUUACAAAAGAUGUCCGGUUAAAUAACGGAGCGACACUGGGGAUCCUAAGUGUGGAGACCCGGACACAAUUCGACCAUUUUUGUAAAGUGAAUCAUAUACGCUCUGUACACUACCAGGACCAGCACUGUUGUUUCAAAUCGAGCAUUAAAGGCUCGUCAAAAACAAAUACACCCGACGAGGAGCUGGCGGAUACUGAGGACGUCAACGAUUUUAUAGGUUACAUAGUGUGGGGAGGUGUGGCCUGUGGAGUCCUGGUAGUCUUCCUGAUAGCUGUGAUGGCUCUGAUGCUUACACGUAAACGCCAAUCACAUGGAGAUACAAAUGAUUCUACGAGAUGAACGUGUGCUCUAUACGCUAGUUGUUACAUCCUAGGGAAUACAUUUGAUAUAAAACAAGAUUAUUUAUUUUCAAUUCAAUUCCUGAAACUAGAAAUUACCUAAUAUUAUAUAAAGUGUGAUAGAACAUGGUUAACUCGAAAAAAACUAGUUUUGUUGUUAACCUUCACAAAAGCCAAGGUGACAAUAGGUAACCGCCUUUAAGAGUUAAGAGUUGUAUGAUACAGAUAAUAUAUAUGUAGUAUUUCUUUGAAGUCUAGAAGAGGUGUCCCGUCUUCUCUGCAUUAAAGAAUUUGUAGAAGUUCAGCCUUAUGUGUCAAAAUUAACUCAUGAAAAAUAUCUUAUUUAUAAUGUGAACAGUUAUCUAUUACAAAUAAAAAAUGUGUUACUU